CCUUGAAAUACAAAUGUCAUAUACGAAAAGAUAUGUAAUCUCUAAAUUUAGAUAUCAAUUAAGUUUAUUUGUGAUUUCUACCCUUAGGAAACCGAAAUGGUUUUCCAAAGUGCAUUAUCUUAUCUAUUAAACAAAUACCUGGGAGAGUUUGUUGAGAACUUGGACGAGAAGCAGUUGAACGUUGGAAUAUGGGGAGGUAACAUAGAAUUAAAAGAUUUAAUUAUAAGACCAUCCGCUUUAGAGGAAUUAGAUAUACCUGUACAAUGUACUUACGGUAAAAUAGGCAAACUAAUUUUAAAAAUACCAUGGAAAUCUCUAUACACCGAACGAACUAUAAUCACAGUCGAAGACGUGUAUUUCCUGGCCCAACCAAACCAGCAGGUCAAAUACGACCCGGUCAAAGAUGAACAGACCAAAUUAGAUUUUAAACGUAAAGAACUCGCAAGGAUCGAAGAAGCCAAAAGAAUAUCAGAGGAGCAAAAAUCUGGAAAGGUCGCCAAGCAAGGAUGGACGGCCGAAUUCGCCGAGAAAUUGGUAACCACCGUAAUAAAGAAUCUCCAAUUGAACAUCUGUCGCAUCCACUUCAGAUACGAGGACAAAAUUACGAAUCCCGAGCAGCCUUUCUCCUUCGGUUUCACUCUCGACGAGCUGGCCGUCGAAAGUACCGAUGCCAAUUGGGAGAAGGUGCUCUCCGAAGAUCUGGUUAAAAUUUUCAAAAUCUUGCAUUUGAAUAAUCUAGGCGUUUAUUUGAACUGCAACUCUACCAUAUACGGAGAUCUGAGCACUUUAACCAUGGUGGAGAAAUUAAAGACCGGAAUAGCCACUUUGAAUGAGAUACCCGAGCAUUAUAGAUACAUUUUGGGGCCAAUUAACGCUUCGGCUCGACUGAAAAUGAACCAAAAACCGGAGCUCGACGAGCCGCCGUAUUCCAUUCCCAAGUUCCAUUUCAACUUGCAAAUGGAUACGCUCUACGUGGGCUUAGACAAAUGCCAAUAUCAAGACAUCAUAGCUUUGGUCGAUUCUAUGGAACGAAUGGAGCGCGGCGUACCAUUCAGGAAAUUUAGACCGAACGUCACCUCGUACAAAGGCCACUACAGAGAAUGGUGGCGAUUCGCCAUUACCUCAGUAUUGGAAUGCGACGUGAGAAGGAGGCGCAGAGAAUGGGAUUGGAACCACAUCAAAAACUACAGGGAAAUGUGCAGGGAAUACUGCCAAUUGUACAACAAGAAAUUGAACAAAAAAUGUAAAGAAUACGAUAACGCGAGAAUCGACGAAAUCGAGAAAUUACUACACAUCACUAAUCUAGUUAUAAUUCGCGAGCAAGCGCAAGCCGAAAUACGAAGGAUGUCCGAUUCCCAAGAGAAGAAGGGCUGGAUCGAUUGGAUAUGGGGCGGUUCGGGUCAAUCCAAAGACAACAACGGAGACUCCACCAUGUCGAAAUUGAAGAAAGAGAUGACGCCCGAAGAGAAACAACAACUCUACCAGGCCAUCGACUAUCAAGACAACACCGGCCCGCUGAUCUACCCGGAGCCGUACGUAGCCAUCGUGUGCACCUUCCUGCUGAAGAAUUUCAUAGUAGAAUUGAGCGAUGUUGAGGGGAAAACCAACGAUCGCAUCGUAGUCUUCAAUCUCGAUUUGAACACUGUAAAAUGCAGAUUAGAGACUAGACCCGCCUUGCAGGGGAUUUCAGUAAAAGUGAAAAUCGACGAUUUAACCGGCGUGGGUUUCGAACGCAACGAUUUCACACCGUACAUCGUAUCGUCCGAAGCGAAAAGCGGCGCUGGUUUGUUGGAUAUAUUAUACGAAAAGAAUCCGCUCGAUAAGCAAUGCGAUCAACGCGUACACGUUACCGCUCUACCAUUAAGGAUCGUAUACGAUGCUAAAACCAUCAACAAGUUAGUCGAUGUGUUCACCAUACCGCCCGAUUCCUCAGUAAACCAAUUGCAAGACGCCGCCGCGAACAGGAUCACCGAAAUGAAGGAAAUGUCCGCGUUAGGUCUGCAGUACACGCUAGAGAAACACCAAGUGCUCGAUAUAGACGUGGAUUUCGAGGCGCCGUAUUUGGUGAUGCCGUACGGCGGGAAAUUCACCGGCGACGAGAACGUGAUCGUGGUGGAUCUCGGUAACAUCAAAGUGAAAUCGCUGGGCCGGAAGGCCGAUUUGGGCGAGCUGCGCGCCGAGUUGUUCAAAGGCCUCAGCCAGGACGAGAUGUUGAAUUACAUGCAGGAGAACGCGUACGAUAAAUUCAGCUUGGAGAUGACCCGUUUACAGAUACUGGUCGCCCAAAGCGACGAGGAUUGGAAGAAGACUCUGCACGCGCAGAAGAUCACCAGCAUGCAUUUACUACAACCGGUGAAUUUGUCGAUAAAUUUCAGCAAAAGCUUGAUUACAGAUGAUCCUCGGUUACCCUUGACCAAAAUCCACGCUGAAAUACCGUCUAUUAAUAUCGUAGUAUCUGAUGCUAGGUUGAUGCUAGCUAUAGCGUUACUAACCAGCGUGGAUUUCCCUAAUAAGAACGACGCCGAUGAAGAAUUUAGUUUGAGGCGAUAUCCCAGCAGUUCCAGCAUGCACUCGCUCCUCAAGGACAUUCAAAUGCCCAAAUCGACCACUCUAUUACCGGUCGAAGAAGUCGCCCAGCAACCCGCCGAUAACGCGGAAUUCAUACAACUACAAGCGACUUUCGUAAUGGCGCAGUUCACUGUGACGAUCAACGAGCAACAAUUGAUAUCCGAUAGAGCCGUUGAAAUGGCCAAGUUCAGCAUAAACACAAUAACCUGCGAGAUGAAACAGUUUCCCUCGGUGUUAAAAGUCGAAGUGAACCUGGUUAAUAUGGAUUUCAACGUGGAGAGGGAGAAUCAAACGGUGAAGGUUAUCGAAACACCGCAAAUCGACGGGCGCGAGAACACUCUCUUUAAAAUCAAAUUUACGCAAGUGGAUCCGAAGCAUCCGGAUCUCCAUUCGGUGUACCAUUCCUGCGAGAACAGUUUAGCGUUGAAUUUCGGGAACUUGAGCCUGACGGUGCACAAGGAGGCCAUUUUGUGCAUACUGCAAUUCUACUCCAACAUCCAGGAUCAGUUGCUGCCGGCUCAAAACGAUCAGAUCGGCAAUAAAUUCGCCGCUGCGAAAUCCUUAACCAGAACUAUCUCUAACUCUUCCAGUAUACAUCUACUGUCUGUUGGGAAGCCUUCGAAGAAGAAACGUUCGUCGCGCGUUAACGAGACGAUAAAGUUCAAAUUCGCCGCUCGAUUGGAGGAAGUGACCGUGAAAUUGUCGGAGGAUUACAAAGAAAUCGCGAAGGUUUCCAUAGCGAAAUGUAACGUGGUCACCAUCACGAAGGAAACGUACACUCAAGUGAACGCCGUCCUGGGGGAUUUUUGCGUGCAAGAUUUGAACAGACUAUCAGCGCAUAAGGAUAUAUUAACUCAAUUAGAAGAUGAAUCUUUGCAAGUUCAGUUAGUGAUAAACAAUUUGGAAAAUGAGGAUAACACCAGCGAUUUGAAGAACAUGGAGGUGACUGUUUACCUGGGAAGGACGAGGAUUGUGUUUUUGAAUUGGUUCGUUUCGAACAUUAUGACAUAUUUGAAUCAAUUCCAAGUGGCCCAAGAGGCGAUAGCCAACGCCUCCGCCGCCGCCACCGAAGCGGCGGCGAAUAACAUGAAAGACGUCUACGUGAAAGCCCAGAAAAUCGCUUUGAACAUCGAACUGAAAGCGCCCAUCAUCCUGGUGCCCAUCAAUUCGAAGAGUUACGAUGCUCUGUACUUGGACUUGGGCGUGAUAACGUUACAAAACGAAUUCAUCAAUUUGGACGUGAAAAACGACAGCGGCUUUCCCGGCGUCAUCGACGAUCUGACCGUUAAAUUGGACCAAUUGAAAAUACUACGGGCCCACGUCGACGAGUACUACACCAUCGUCGAGGAGCACAUCAUCUUGGAACCCACCAAUCUCAAAUUGUCCAUUAAACGGAACUUGUCCAUCAGCUGGUACACCGCCAUACCCGACAUCGACGUCUCCGGGAAAAUAUCCAAAAUACAAGUGAACCUGAGCAACGUCGACUACCAAGGCAUCAUGCACAUAUUGAACGGGAACCUAGCCGAAGGUCGUAACGUGGAACCGGCGAAAUCCCAAACCGAGCUGGUGCGCAAAGAUCCCAACGAUCCGCUCAAAUCGCACGUGACCUUCAGCAAAGCCGAAAUGGCCAAAGAGAUUCUAUCGGCGAGCAAACCAACGCCCAAGCCGCACGUCUCGCUGAAAUUCACCUUUUCGAUGGAGCAAUUCGUCAUCAUGAUGUACUACAAACGAGGCGCCACCAUACAAACCGGCCUGGUGCGCAGCGACGAGAGCAAAUUCGCCAAGUUCGAGCUGGAGGGGCUGUCGGUGAAAGGGAAGAUGCUCACCGACAACUCCAUGGUGACGUCGGUGUUGUUUUUGAAGUGCACCAUGGACGACAUACGGCCGAAUCGCAACAACACGUUGAACCGCAUCAUCGACAAGUCGCCGGAGAAGCACGGGAACGCGCGCGAGUCCAAGAGCAUGAUCGACGUGACCUACCAGCAGCGAAACGACGACGCCUUCGUGGACGUGCGCAUAUUCAGUUUCACGAUCGUCGUUUCGAUGGAGUACCUCAUGAAGUUCUCGGAUUACUUCGCGAUACCCGAUCAGGACGCGGGCAAGGUGGAGUCUUCGAAAGUCUCGAAACAGUCCGGUAAAAAACCGGCCGCCGCUCCGUCGGCUGGACAGUUAACGUUGAAUUUGAAGUUGGAGAAGCCCGAUAUAAUAUUGGUGGAGCACAUGGAGAACAACGACGCCAAAGCGGUGGUUUUUAACGCGGAGAUUCUGCUGAAAUAUCGCCAGUCCGGCGUGCAUCAGGUAGUGAGCGGUAUAAUAAAAGAUUGCGAGUUGUACAGGAGCGUUUAUAACCCGGAGUUUCGAUCGAAAUAUAAGGUCACCAUUAUUCACCCGUUGGAGAUAAGCCUGGCGGGUUCCACUCCCCCCGAACAAGGACUACAUUUAGAGUUAUUGGUCGCUAAUAUAUUCAUUAACGUAUCACCGCAAUCGAUCGAAUUGCUCAACCAAGUCCUUUCCGGAUUCAGCGUAGAAUCGAAAACGAAUCUGCAAGAGGACAACGAGUUCAAUUACGUCGAUUUGUGGAAUCCCAAACCGUUCACGGAGGCGGAUUAUUGGUUUUUAAGCACAGAAGUCGCCACCGACGUGCUGGAAUUGAGCGAGAGCGACGACGGCGACUUGCAAUCGGUCAACGUUUUAGAAGAGAUUUGCAUCAUAUCGGUGCCGUUGAUCUCCGUGAUAAUCGAGGGCGGCGACGGCAGUAAAACUCAACCCUUGAUCGUGUUCGAAACGGGUUUUAAAGGCAACGUGAAGAAUUGGUCUUCGAACAUGACGGUCGAAGCGAGUUUGACGAUGCAAAUGGCGUACUACAACAACACAUUAGCCAUGUGGGAACCGUUGGUCGAACCGCAAGUAAUCAACGAAUCGACCUACACGCCUUGGGAAUUAAAAGUCGAGGUCGCCAUGAGCCAACCCGAUCGAUUAACGUCGAAAUCCUCCCUGGGCACCGUGUCGUCGCCCACGAACGUGUCCGAUACGGACUUCGAAAGCACCGAAAUCGACAUCCCCAAGCCGCUGCUCAGCAUCGGCCUCUUCUCCGACAAAACCCUCGAGGUCACCGUCACCAAAACGCUGCUCGAGAUGGUCGAGUACCUGCAGAAGAUCUUCUCGGCCGCCCUCGACAAGGACGCCGCCAAGGCCGUCAAGGACGCCGUCGCCCCCUUCCGGGUCAUCAACGAAUUGGGCGAGGACGUGGCCUUGUUGCUGGAGGACAGCGCGUUCACCAACAUGGAGGCGAGCGACAGCGAUUUCAACAAGACGGUGGUGCCGUUGCAGCUGAAGGACGCCUAUCGGGACGAUGAUAAGUUGAUGCUGAGCAAAGCCAUGAUGGCCGUGGCUCAGUUGAAAUGCUAUUCGUUGAAAAUUGAGAUAAAUUCGGUAGACUCUACGUUAAUUCUACCGGUUUCGAGGGCCGAUAAAAGGUACUUCCCGUUGAACCAUCGCACCAAUUUCCACGAAAAUUGGGGAAUCAUAUCGGACAUAGCGAUCGAACACGGCAUAACUACCAUACUUUUGAGGAGCAUCGUACAAGUUCACAACGACUUCAACAUACCGGUGGACGUUUACUUCAGGAUCGAGCAAGGCAGCCACUUGGAGUUAAUCAGCCAAAUACCGCCCAAAGGGAAGCUGAACGUUCCGUUGAAAGCCGUCUACACGCCCUCGACGGAACUCUUCUUCGGCGUCGCCGAUUUCUCGUUCACUACGGCCCCGUUCGCUUGGAAAGAACUGCAAACCAACUUGAAAGUGGUCAAGAAGCUGCAGUGUUUCCCUAAGAACGCGGAGAAGGAGAACGUGCCGUUCGUGAUACAGGCCAUCGGCGAGCUCGAGCAGGUUUACUACGAGCAAACCAACAGGCACACGAUGACCAGCACUUGCUACAACAUCCACCUGAAGCCCUGCGUCAGCUUCAUGAAUUACCUGCCGGUUACGGUGGUUUGUUGCGUCGAUGAGUCCCCGGAUGAGUUUACGGUUGAGCCGGGCGAUAGCUUGCAAUUACCCACUAUAGAACCCGGUAGUAAUUUCCUCGUUAUAAGGAUUCCGAAUUACUUGGAGAAGAUGUGGUCUUGUAGGAAAGAAGUGAACAAUGAUCCCGACGAGUUCAAUGUAUGGACGUUUUACAGCUACGAUAGCGCUAGUAAAAUGGCGCUGGAUUUGGGAAUACACGUGGAAAAGGAAAAGGGCGCUUUGCUAUUGACUUUGUAUUGCCCGUUUUGGAUGAUCAACAAGACGGGACUUUUGUUAUCGUACAGAAAAUCUAAAAAAGGUGACAAAAAUGACCCCACUAGUUCACCGCAGAGCUCCGAUGAUAGCGCGAACGUGUUGUACCACCCCGCCGAAUUCGAAGGCCCCGUUCUCUUCUCGUUCGCCGCCAAGAACUUCUUCGGCAAGAAGAAGGCCUCGAUCCGCAUCGAAAACGGCCAGUGGUCGGAUAAGUUCUCGAUAGACGUGGCCGGCUCCUCCGGCACCGUCACCUGCAAAUUCAACGAGCAACUCUACGAGGUGGGCGUGCAAAACAAUCUCACCUCGAACGGUUUGACCAAGCAAAUCACCUUCGUACCUUAUUACAUCGUCAUAAACGAGGCGCCGUUCGCCGUGGAAUGCCAGGAGUACAGCAGGCCGGCGGAUCCUUGGAGCGUCAUCGAGCCGAAAUCCUGCUCGCCCUUGUGGCCCAAGGACACCUCCCAGGAUAAACUGAUGAGGAUACGAGUGAAAGACACCGACGAAUGUUCAGCUCCGUUCUUAUACACCGACAGCCACACCACUCUACUCAAAUUGGACAAUAAGUUUGGAGGGUUGAACGUAGACAUUCAAUUAACCGAAGGAGGGAUUUUGAUCAACGUGGCGCCUUACGAAGACGGAUCGGCCCCGGCUCUGCUACUAAACCACUCCGAUUACACGUUGUGCUACUGGGAGAAAGAGUCGGUGCAGAAACGGUACCUGCAACCGAACGAAUCCGUUCUGUACACGUGGGAGAACCCGUCGGGGCCGCGCCAGCUCGUCUGGGACAGGGGCAACCGGCGCGAAAUCAUCGAGGACCUGCGCAAGGACAAGUACGGCGAAUUCAGCCCGAAGGACGGCGUCUACGUGUACUGGACGUCCUUCUUGGACGGCAUGCAGAGGAUCCUGUUGUUCACGAAGGAGCACUGCUUGGCCGAAUCGGCGCAGGCCAGCAACAUCUUGGAGCAGAUCCAACAGGAGAUCGACAUAUCGAUGCACGGCAUCGGAUUGUCUUUGGUGAACAACGUCGCCAAGCAGGAGGUGAUGUACGUCGGCAUCGCCAGUUCGGGCGUGCUCUGGGAAACCGCCAAAAUCAAUUCAGAAAGGUACAAAUACAUGGACAAGAGAGCUUCGGACGUGGUGGAAGCGGCCUACCAGCAGCUGGUGCUGGAUUCGGUGGGGAACAGCAAGCAAUCGUGGCUGGUGCAGGUCGACAGCAAAACGGAGAUCGAUUUCAAGGCGGGCCGGAUGAACAGGCCGCAAAAGCGUAAGAUCCGGCGGUCGUUCUUGCCCGGCCUUUGGUUGCAAUUGAAGACCAGUCCCAGUCAGGUGCAGAUCCACGCGAAGAUCAAUCGAUUGCAAAUCGACAAUCAAUUGUACGAUUGUUUCUUCCCCGUCGUGCUGGCGCCGGUGCCUUUGCCGAAGAGCGUCGCCUCGGAAACUAUUAAACCUUUCAUCGAGGUCAGUAUAGUACAAUUGUUGAUGAAGAACAGCCAAAUACGCCAGUUCAAGUACUUCAAAGUAUUGGUGCAAGAGUUCCACGUGAAGAUGGACAUCGGUUUCGUGAACGCUCUCGUCGAAAUGUUCUCGGCGAGCGAAUACACGCCCGAACAACUCAAACAACAAUUCCUGUUGGACAAGGAGAAAGUGGGCGAGGACCUGUACCAAUUGGCCGCCAUGAAAUCCAUACAGCAACAGAAGAGCUUCUACGAUUUGUUGCAUUUCUCGCCGUUGAAAAUCCACGUGAGUUUCUCGCUGGCCUCGUCCGGCAAUUCCAGCGAGCAAUCGAGCACGCCUCGUUUCGUUAACGUGCUCCUCCAAGGAUUGGGCGUGACUCUAACGGACGUCAACGAUGUCGUUUUCAAGUUGGCCUUUUUCGAAAGGAACUUCAGCUUCCUGACGCAAAGCCAGUUGAUCAACGAAGCUUCCAAACACUACAUGGGUCAAUUCAUAAAGCAGUUCUACGUGUUAAUUUUAGGUUUGGACGUGAUAGGCAACCCGUACGGUCUAGUAUUAGGCAUAACGAAAGGCGUCGAGGAUCUAUUUUACGAACCAUUCCAAGGCGCCAUCCAAGGACCCGGCGAAUUCGUCGAAGGCCUGUCAUUGGGCGUCAAAAGCCUCUUCGGGCACACGGUAGGUGGCGCCGCGGGCGCAGUAUCCAAAAUAACCGGCGCCAUGGGCAAAGGUAUAGCGGCGUUGACUUUCGACGAAGAUUUCCAACGCAAGCGAAGAGAACAGAAGAACAGGAAGCCCCACAACGCGCAGGAGGGCCUCGCCAGGAGCGGCAAAGGCGUCGUUAUGGGAUUCUACUCGGGAGUGACGGGCGUCUUCACGAAACCCGUGGAAGGAGCGAAGGAAUCGGGCGUGGAAGGGUUCUUCAAGGGCUUGGGCAAGGGCGCGGUGGGUUUGGUGACGCGUCCCGUGGCAGGCGUGGUGGACUUCGCCAGCGAGUCCUUCGACGUGGUGAAGCGGGCGGCCGAAGGGCAGAACGAGGCGGUGAGGUUGCGCGCGCCGCGGUUCAUCCAAACCGACGGGCUGUUGAAGCCCUACAAUCGCACCGAGGCGAUAGGUAACAAGUAUUUGCACAGCCUUUCGAAGGGCAGGUACGCCAAGACCGAUGUCUACGUGGCGCAUUACGAUAUCGUGGAGGAUAAGGAGGUGUUGAUGUUGACUAAUCAGAGGAUCGCUUAUAUAACGCACAGCGAUAUGUUCGGGCAUUGGCAGACUGAUUGGCAAUUUACGUGGGAUGAGAUCACAGCGCCUGCCAAAGUCAAUCCGAAAGGGGUUCUGAUUCAGUUUACGGAGAGGAAGAAGAAGGUGUUUUCUUCCGGGGAAUUCGCCAAAGUAUUGUUAAUACCGAAUCCGAAAGUGAGGGAGGAAAUUUGCCAGAGAAUCGAGUCGCUACGGACUGCUUAACUAUUCGCUUAGAUUGCUUGUGUACUUUUAACGUCUUUUUUCUUAACUAAACAUUCAGAAUAUUGAUUUUUUUUACCAUUGUUUGUUGAGUUUUGUUUUACUGCAAAAUUUUUAUAUUGUUUUGAAUAUAUUUUUGAUGAAGCACAAAUGAAGCACUAGUUUUUUUAUUAUACCAAAUGUUGUAGACUUAAACAAUAUAUUUUAGA